UUUUCCCGGCGGAGGCAUGUCAGGCGGCGGCUUCGGGAACCAAAAUGCAGGAAUGACGGAGCAGGAGCAGCAGAUGGUUAAAUACAUGCAAAUGGGUAUGGAAUCCUGCGCAGGAAAGACCAUCAUGGCUGGUGUGAUGGGCGGAGGUCUCGGUGCCAUGUUUGGGCUCUUCAUGGCUAGUAUGCGCUAUGAUACCCCCAUGUCCCAACCCCUCCCUGUCCACAACCCCAACGGCACAACUGUUGCUGCCGCGCCAAAGCCCAUCUCUGACCUACCCCUCCGCCAACAGCUCAAAGUCGGACUCCGUGAUAUGUACCGCUCGUCGCUAUCGUCUGGUCGCAAUUUUGCGGUCGUAGGUGCGGUUUUCUCUGGCACAGAAUGUGCGAUUGAGGGAUUGAGAGCGAAGAAUGAUCUCUGGAAUGGCGUUGCGGGGGGGUGUAUAACGGGAGGUGUGUUAGCAAGGAAGGCGGGGCCGCAGGCCGUGGCGGUGGGUUGUGCGGGUUUCGCGGCUUUUUCGGCUGCGAUUGAUGCUUACAUGAGGAUGCCUGAGGAUGAACGUAGCAGACCAAUCGCUUGAUUGACUCUCCUCUCUACCUCUAUUCUUCUGAUCUAAGGUAGACGAGUUGACGUUAAGACCACGUGCUUAUUUCUCUUGUCGCUAACACUGGAUACUUUGCAGCAGAGGGCUCCUUUACUCUUUCUGUACGUUACAUUUGAUUCCCUGCUGUGGCCGUGAAGCACUAGGCCUUUGCAUUAGGCGGCGUUGUUUAGAAAUCUCAACAAUCGAAGGUAACAAUUAG